GUGCUGCCUGCAAACGGCGUCUUCUUUUUUUGGUGUCUUUUCGGCCCCUCCUUACUCCUUUCCCUUACCCAUCAAAAUCAUCAUCAUCACCACCACCACAACUAAACACUCUCAUUCAGACAAAAAAAGGGCAAGAAAGGGGAUAAUAGAAACAGAAUAGAAAAGAAUAGAAUGUGUGUGUGAAGUGUGAACCGAACAACAAGAAUUGAGAGUGUCUCAUUGUUUCAUAAACGGUUUCCAUUUUCUUUUUCUGUUAGCUGUUACUGUUUUUGGUGUUGCAUACUGUGCGAGUCAAAUGUAGGUUACUUACUUAGAUCUGAGUGAGAAUCCGGUUUGUUAUUUUGUUUUUUGGGAGGAAUGGGGAGCGUUUCUUCUGAAGAUGGUUCCGACCAGCAAAGUGACCGUUGCGGCAGUUACAGUCUCAGUGCUGACGUCAGCGAGUCCGAGAGUUGCAGCAGCUUCUGUGGACGUCGUUUUGACGCCGACGGUGGAGCUUCCAGCUCCGCCAACUUGUCUCCGCGUCCUGUCGGUGGAGCUGCUGUUCCCGCCGGCGGCCACUUUCACUUUCCGUCGCAGGUCAUGCUUCCCGUCAUAGGAGGAAAAGACGUGGUGGUUUGGGAUCACAAGCCAGAGAAAAGAGACCUUGAUUUGUCAGAAGUGGAAAUGAUGAAGGAGAGGUUUGCUAAACUGCUUCUUGGAGAGGACAUGUCUGGUGGAGGAAAAGGAGUAUGCACGGCCCUUGCAAUCUCUAAUGCAAUAACCAAUCUCUCUGCAACUGUGUUUGGCGAGUUAUGGAGGUUAGAGCCGCUGGCACCUCAGAAGAAGGCCAUGUGGCGUAGGGAAAUGGAGUGGCUUCUAUGUGUGAGUGAUUCCAUUGUGGAGCUUGUGCCUUCUGUGCAGCAGUUCCCCGGUGGCGGAACCUAUGAGGUCAUGGCUACGCGGCCUCGAUCCGAUUUGUACAUCAAUCUACCGGCUCUGAAGAAGCUAGAUGGAAUGCUGCUUGGUAUGCUUGAUGGAUUUCAGGAUACAAAGUUUUGGUAUGUUGAUAGGGGAAUACUAUUGGGUGAUUCCAAGGAAUGUGAUGAUGCAUAUUCGCCCGGAAGGGGGAGGACUUCCGUUAGGCAAGAGGAGAAAUGGUGGCUUCCAUCUCCUAAGCUUCCACCAAAUGGAUUGUGCGAGGAUGAUAGGAAAAGGCUGCAGCAGUGCAGGGAUUGUACGAAUCAGAUAUUAAAGGCUGCCAUGGCAAUCAACAGUUCCGUUCUUGCUGAAAUGGAAAUUCCUGGUGCAUACAUUGAAUCAUUACCAAAGAAUGGAAAAGCUUGUCUGGGGGAGAUAAUCUAUAGAUACAUUACUGCUGAUCAAUUCUCUCCUGAAUGUCUUCUUGAUUGCCUGGAUCUAUCUUCAGAGCAUCACACUCUGGAUGUAGCUAAUAGAAUUGAGGCUGCCGUUCAUGUAUGGAGGUUGAAGGACCACAAGAAACAUCUAAAUACAGUUAAAGCCAGACGCUCCUGGGGUGGAAAGGUGAAGGGCCUUGUUGCUGAUGGUGGUGGUGAUAAGAACCAUUCUUUAGCCCAACGAGCUGAUACCCUUCUGCAAAGCCUGAAACACAGAUUUCCGGGGCUCCCUCAAACUGCACUAGACAUGGCCAAGAUACAAUAUAAUAAGGAUGUAGGACAGUCUAUUCUUGAGAGUUAUUCCAGGGUCAUGGAAAGCUUGGCGUUCAACAUAAUGGCAAGGAUUGAUGAUGUCCUUUAUGUUGAUGAUUCCAUAAAGCGAUGCGCAGCUGCAGAGUCUAUCUCUCUUUUCAACCGGGGAGGUUUCGGUGGUCUUCCAAUCCAGAAAAGAAUGACUCCAAGUCCCUUCUCAAUUCAACACACCCCAUAUGCCUCUCCUCCAUUUGCAACCCCAUCAUUUUGUUCAUCCUCACCCAUUACCGGUAGCCCUUGCAGUCCAAGAAGGAUGCAUACUGCCAAGAGGAAUGGACUAAAGGACACAACAGAUUCUACUAAGUCCGAAAAGGCAGCCUCGGCCGAAUUUGAGAGGGUCUGGUCAUACACAGGGAACCUUAGUGCAAGAAGAAUGUCUAGUGAUGCUCCAGAAAGAGACUGAGUUAAAAAAUCAACUGUCUUUAAAAACUGGAUCUGGCUAAAGGCUUUAGGUCCCAUUCCCUUGUAUACGAGGGUCUAAUUUUUGUAUAUUCUUAGUUCUUAGGUAGUAUUUGUAGGAUUAUGAUGGAUCAUAUUAUUAUGCCAAGGAAUCAUCAUUCUGAAA